UUAACUCUCCUAAAAUCCUGUGGGAUGAAAUGAAAACACUGACAGCACACCAAACCUUCUGAACUAACAUCAGUGCCUGACUUCCCUAAUGCUCUUGUGGCUAAUUAACCACAACCUUUCCCAGAAUAAUUUUUCUGUAUAAAAUAUAUUCUCAGUAAACAUGCUGCUUACACUCUCCAUCAUGUAUAAAAUAAAUGUUAUACCAGAAUUAAGAGAAUGUUCCAUACCAUUGAACCAUGCAACUCUAAACAGGAGCUUAAAAGCUCCUCUCUCAGGUCCAUAUCAAACAUUUAUUUAUUUAAUAGAAGGAACCACAAUUGAACGUUAUCUAAAUCUCCCAAAAUCCAAUCUUUGUUAUCUUUGGAUUUUAGCACUAUAGGCUGUAUAUUAGUAUAAAAUAUCUCUGUCUGACCGGAAGAUGUCGCUGUUUCACAGGUUUUCACAUUAACGUAGCGACUUUCCCAACACAGCAUAGUGCAGUAAAUAAUCCAGACUCUUACUGUUAUUGUUGUAAUCGUGUGUAAAAGCUUCAUUCUGCUAUAUAUAAACAAAAAGCCGUCAUCCUGGGUUUAAAAAAUGUGCUUUUACACCAUAAGGAUUCUUGAAGUAUUUUUCAGAGAAUGUUGCAGGCUUAUUGGGGGUAAUAUGCAUGAUUGCACAGAAAAGCAAUUCAAUUCAGUUUAAUUAUAUUUGCAUAGAUCUUUUAACAAUAUACAUUACAGAAAUAAAUAGGUUUUAAAAGAUGAAUUUCGGUGCCUAUACGUUUAUCCCUAAUGAGCAAACCAGUGGUCACAAGAAAAAAACUCACUAAAAUGGUAUUAUGAAGGAAACCCUGAUAUCCAGAUGCUUAAGGAAACUCUUUAUUACCAUAUAAUACACCAUAUUUCCAAAAGUCUGGUCAUAAGUAUGACGUGCUUUUUUGAGCAUCAUUUUUAACAUUUAGUCCCAAUUUGCUUUUAUAUCAACCUGCUCGUGGACAUUUGUAUUCAUCAUCCACGAGGGUGUUAGUAAAGACAUUCAUCCCAAAGGUGUUCAGUAGGGUUGAGAUCAGAGCUCUAUAGCAGGACAUUUAAGAUGUUCCUCUCCAAAGCAUGUAACCCAGAUCUUUCUAUCUCAUCAUAUAGCAGUUCCUAAAAUGUUCCCCAAAUUUCUGACGUGAUCAGCAGUUACUCUAAUAGCUGCUCAGGAGGAGCAAUAAGUAGUUGAUCCAUACCUGAACAAUGCAUCAUUCAAAUAAUAAAAGUAAUAAAAGGUUCAAACAGUAGACAAACCCCUUCCCAUGUGAUGUUUAUAACAGUGUGAUUGGGAAUGUGGUGGGGGCAAUAUCACCUCCCUGUCCUGCCAACGCGCGCACACAAAAAGCGCGCUCCUCUCACCAUCUCCUCACCAUCUCCACUCCUCUCCUCUCCUCUCCUCCGGGAACCAUCACGUGACUUGACAUCUGCUCGGAGAGGCAACGGGAGAAAACCAGGCAACGCAGGAGGAAGAAAAGAACAGCGUCCUCCAGUACUGCUAAUGCUGUUAGUGGUGCUGGUUUCAAGAGUCUCGAUCUCCAACCUGCUGGUGCAUUAAAGAGCUUUUGAAAGGAACUCACUCUUUGUUUGUUGGUCCUGAGAGGUUCCAGAUCUUUUCUGGAAUAGUGUCGAUGCUGUGAAGGAGCGAACAUGCUUCGUUUACGUUGAGUGGGGCGGUUUGGCAUGCGCUCUGCCCCGCCGCCGCCGCCACACUGGAGGGUCGCGGCUCGCGGAUCGGGGCGCUCCUGCAGGGGCUGGGAUGCGCCCCAGGGACCUCCCGAUUCCUGUCCGGCUUCGGCGCUGAGCACCACCAAGAGUCGAGUCGGGCUACCCGGAGCCGCUCCACGCGGAGCAGGAUGCCGGUGAUGAGGGGACUGCUCGCGCCGCAGAACACCUUCCUCGACACGAUCGCCACGCGCUUCGACGGCACCCACAGCAACUUUGUGCUGGGGAAUGCCCAGGUGCAGUCGCUCUACCCCAUCGUGUACUGCUCAGACGGGUUCUGUGAGCUGACAGGCUACGCUCGUGCUGAGCUGAUGCAAAAGAGCUGUGCCUGCAACUUUCUGUACGGGCCCGAGACGAGCGACGGGCUGACGGCACAGAUCCAAAGCGCUCUGGAUGACCGUCGGGAAUUCAAGACCGAAUUGGUUUUCUACAAGAAAGGAGGUACUCAGUUCUGGUGUCUGCUGGAUAUCGUGCCCAUUAAGAAUGAGAAGGGAGAGGUCGUGCUGUUCCUCGUGUCCCAUAAAGACAUCACGGAUAAUAAGAAGGACCAGGAUGCAGAGCAGUGUCCUGAACUGGAUGAGGAGACAGGACUGGAAGUUCACAAGGUCACGCGGCCGCAGGGCUUUAACGCAAACCGGCGGCGCAGUCGGGCCGUGCUCUACCAGCUCUCAGGACAUCUGCAGAAACAGGACAAAAGCAAACUCAAGAUCAAUAAUAAUAUGUUUGGCGAGAAGCCGCCCAUCCCAGAGUACAAAGUAGCAGCCAUUCAGAAGUCGCGUUUUAUCCUUCUUCAUUACGGUACCUUCAAGGCUGGCUGGGAUUGGUUGAUUCUUUUAGCCACCUUUUACGUGGCAGUCACCGUUCCCUACAACGUAUGCUUCACUGUGGUCGGGGUACGUGACGACAAAUCAACAUUCAGAAGUCCACCGAGUGUGAGCGACAUCUUAGUGGAGAUCCUUUUCAUGCUGGAUAUUCUGUUGAACUUCCGCACUACGUUUGUGAGCACAUCAGGCCAGGUGGUGUACGAUGCCAGAUCUAUCUGCGUGCACUACGUCACCACCUGGCUCUUUGUGGACCUAAUCGCUGCGUUACCCUUCGACCUGCUCUACGCUUUCAAUGUCAGUGUGUAUUUUGGGGUUCAUCUACUAAAGACCGUUCGGUUGUUAAGACUCCUGCGCUUACUGCAGAAGCUCGAGCGCUACUCGCAGUACAGUGCCGUGGUGCUCACCUUGCUCAUGUCUAUGUUUGCUCUGCUGGCUCACUGGAUGGCGUGCGUCUGGUACUUCAUCGGACGCUGCGAGAUCGAGAAUAACACGCCUGGAUCCUGGGACAUUGGCUGGUUGCAUGAAUUGGCCAAGCGUCUGGGCACUCCAUACAUCCCCUCUCCCCUCACAUCCUUCCUUCCAGAUUCACUAAGGCCUAGCAGCCUGGAUGGUCUGAGCAGCAACGUGACUCAGUGGAACUCCUCCAGCAGUGAUGUAGUGGGGCCGGAUUCUUCAGCAAACUCCAGUCAGUGGAACGUGACCGGGAUGGGGUCGGGGGAUGGUGUCAGCUCAGUGCUGGAUGGUGGCCCGUCUGUGCGGAGCUCCUACGUAACAUCACUUUACUUUGCUCUAAGUAGUCUAACCAGUGUGGGCUUUGGCAACGUCUCGGCUAACACUGACUCCGAGAAGAUCUUCUCCAUUUGCACCAUGUUGAUUGGAGCGCUAAUGCACGCCGUGGUCUUCGGUAACGUGACCGCCAUCAUCCAGCGCAUGUAUUCCCGCCGCUCGCUUUACCACACACGCACAAAAGACCUGAAGGACUUCAUUCGUGUUCACCGACUGCCCAAGGCCUUGGAACAGCGCAUGCUAGAGUGUUUUCAGACCACGUGGUCCGUUAACAAUGGCAUCGACGUCAGUGAGCUGCUGAAGGACUUCCCCGACGAGUUGCGGGCAGACAUCGCCAUGCACCUCAACAAAGAGCUGCUGCAGCUGCCGCUUUUUGAGUCGGCCAGUCGCGGGUGUCUACGCUCGCUCUCACUUAUAAUUAAGACGUCGUUCUGCGCACCCGGAGAGUUCCUCAUCCGUCAGGGUGACGCACUACAGGCCAUCUACUUUGUAUGUUCAGGCUCCAUGGAGGUACUCAAGGACAACACAGUCCUGGCCAUAUUGGGUAAAGGCGACCUGAUCGGCUCGGACUCUCUGACGAGGGAGCAGGUGAUUAAGACCAACGCUAAUGUAAAAGCUCUGACCUACUGCGACCUUCAGUACAUCAGCCUGAAGGGGCUGCGCGAGGUGCUGCGCCUCUACCCUGAGUACGCACAGAAAUUUGUCAGCGAGAUCCAGCACGACCUCACCUACAACCUGCGGGAGGGCAACAACACCGAUGUGGACUGGGAAAGCAACGGUGGCCUUGUCAAGAAGCUGCCAUCCAUUCGUGAAGACGAGGAGAAUGAUGAAGAGCAGCACUCCGUGUCACGGGCACCUCGUUCACCUUUGCGUCUUACAAGGGGAAUCAGCUCACCCCUGCGCUCACCCCUUCUGCCUCCAAGGCCGUUUCGCCCGCCUUCAGAUAACAGCCGCCCCACCACACUUCAGAUACCUGUGGUCAGCUUCAGCACUGCCCCUCCAGAGCUAAGCCCCAGGUUUGUGGAUGGAAUUGAGACAGAAAACAAUUCUGGUUCAGCACAAAGGUUUGAGUUCACCACUAACCUACCUCAUAGUGGUCCUUCAUCCCCCUGUCCAGUGAGCCAAGAGCAGGUGGAAACCAGGCAGAGCAUCAACAAGCUCAGUGAAGAGAUGAACAGCUUGUCAAAACAGGUCUCCCAGCUCAGUGAAGAAUUGCAGGAGAUGACUCGCCUCCUGCGCCCUUUGUUCCUCACUGCUUCUCAGCCACUCCUAUCAACCCCACCACCACCACCAAUGACUUUAGCUGGAAGUGGACCAUCAAUGAACUUACCUGCAGGUCCACGUCCUCCAGCACCACCCCGCUCUCUUUUGGACAUCACAGACCCAGUAGUGGUGGUAGGUCUUCCCAGCUGCCUCAUACCCACAAGUCCACCUCAGAGACCUCAUUCCCAGGUGAUUUGCUCAAAUGGCUCCCCUCAUGCCAGCCUGUCUCAUUUAGAGACUAUUCAGAAAGAUAGCACAGGGGCAGGGAAGCACGAUAUCCCCAUUGGCCCUACCAAUGGAUACGGGCAGGCAGCUCCAGACCGGCUUGCCUCUCGAGCCACUUCCCCUUCUCUUUCUUUUUCCCUGUCAAUAUCCUCAUCCCGCUCCCAGUCACCUUCCUUGACACCUUGUCAAGGACCCCACCCUUCCUGCCCCACCAGCUGCACGCAAGGCUUGUUAUUUCCCCCAUCAUCACAAGAUAUCCCACCAUCUUCCCAGGACAUCCAGCCACAAUCCCACUGCUCUGCACCUGCUUCACUAAGUAACUCCCCAAGUGACCACAGACUUAGGGGUGGUCCCUCUCCAGCCUCCUCUUCCUCCACACCCCUACUUCAGACCUUGCCUUGCUCCUCACCAUCCUGCCCACACCCCUCCCCUCUCUUGCUCUGUUCCAUGAGAGAUGGGCAGGGGUCGAUGGGCUUCCCGUGGCACCGGCAGACCUCCAGCUGUGCGCAGGCAGCGUCCAGCCCUGAGCAACCUCAGCUGGAACUGGAAAUGCAGGAAUGGGAUGCGGGAGGGAAGAGCUCAACAGAGCACAUCAGCUUCAUCGAUGAGGAAGGACCACCACUGUGAAUGCCAUGGGGAGAAAUGGGAGAAGAGCAGUAGCACAACCAGGAGCUGGACUGCAGCACAUCAAUACAUCAAAUUAGGGUGGAAGGUUAAUAUAUGGAGUUGAAGUGUUAUCCAAAAAGUAAAGCAGGGUCCAUCCGCCAUUCAAAUGGGCAAAGGGAGCUGCUUAUCUUCUUGGGCUGCGGCUUUCAAAACUGGUCGUGCACCAUUUCAAACACACCAAAACUUGACACCAGCCAAUCGCAACCAUAUCAGCACGAAAGGGGCCUGUGCUUCUCUGGACCAACAGGAGCUCUUCUUCAGCAGCAUUAUAAGACAUGCACACAACAGGUCAAAUCUGUAUGGUGCAUGGCAACCAAAAUUCAUAAACGAAAUAACCAAACCCAGCAAACUUUGUAAUAAGUGCUUGAUCUAUGAGGAGUUCCUGUUGGCUAUUCUGCAUGGGUACAUGUUGACCCUGGAGACCUGAAUCUGAAACAUGGCACAUGUUUGCAAUCUCAUCUUCUCUACUGCCAAAACAUUUGUGCUUUACAUAUAGCCAACCAUAGGUCACAAAUGCAUCUACUUGCUCUGAUUUUUCACAGCUAUUAGGUAGAUGAAUGAAUGUGUUACACCGCAGCACACAUCACUUUUAGUUUCUUCUCCUUAUUUGAACACAUGCCCAGACAUUGCAUAUUUAUUUAGAGUGGGAAUGGAGAUCUUAUUCCUACUUCACACAGCACACACGUUUAUAUCUCAUACCUUAUUUAAUCCACAAAUGUACAGGGGUUUAACCAGUAUAUUGUAGGCUGAUUUAUUUUAUGGCCCUCAUUAAGAGGAGGAUUUCAGGGCUACUGAACAAAAAGUAUAAAUUUUGAAUGAGGGAUGUGGAAACCUUUUAGGUUUACAUACUAUACAUUUACAGAAUGUCAUAUAGCAUAUGGUUGUUUCAUGGAAUAAUGGCCAAUAACCUAAUGUGGUUCUUGGAGGAGCUCAAUUCUCCAAACGUGACCACAGUAGGUAUUACAACAAGACAAUCAAACCAAACCAUUAACGGGACCCAGAUAAAACUACAAAAUGUGCCAGCUACACAAAUCUACACUGCCCUAGCCUGGCAUGCCAAAUAGUGGGAAGACUGAGCAUGCCAAUAAGUGUCCAUUUGGGAGUUAAGUUAAAAAGACUCACAGUGAUAAAUAGCCAAAGUCAAGGACACAGGGUUGGCAUGAUAAACAACCAACAGACUACGAAUUGCACACAUGGGAUAGAUGUAGAGAGGGGAGGAAAUCCCAAGGUGCAAGUUUGAAUUAAAAAAAAAAUAUAUAAAAAAAAAACAAACAAAAAAAAACCACACGCAGCUUUAGCCAUCCAGCCACGUGUGCCUUUCCUAUAACCAUCCAGUUUCUCCAGAACAUCUCCCCAUUUGUUUUCUGUUCUUUCUUUGAUUUCAGUCAUGUCAUCAUUUCAACGAGCACUGCACUUUUAUUCACCUAGUAAUUAUUUAUUUACCUAUUUAUUUACAUAUUUAUUUAUUUACUUACCCAUCACAUUGAAUGAGAGUGAACUAGAAAGUGCUCAGGUGAAUAUUUCUACCCCUUGGUUCCAUUUGAGAGAGAGAGAAAAAAAAAACCUACAAGAAGUUUAUCGUCAACUCGUAUCGAUACAGUGAUGGUGAUAAGCAGCUAAUUGAAUGCUGCUGAAAUCAUCCAAGGUUUUGAGAAAAUGCCAUCACUACGUCUUAAUAUUUAGGGGUCCAUUCACUACGCAUGGGCUUCUCAUUCGUCAUCUUGCUUGAGUAGGUAUACGUCAUUCUGGAUUCUAUUUUCUUUACCUAGGAACUGUGUGAGGGGGCGUUCAUGACUAGCAGGGUGUUUUGAGACUUUGGGUCAGGGUUUUGGGUGGGUGGGGGUUCCUGCAUGUCUCAUCUUUUUUGCAUGAGGAAUGUGCCUGCAUUAUUAAAUAUGGGAAGCGUGUAGGGGAAAUCCUAAAUGGAGGUCCAGAAGCAUAAAUGUAUUUUGUUAACUGCAAUGAAAUUUAACAGAUCCUUAACCUGAAUAAUAAAAUGUGUUUUAUAAGAA